ACAAGCAAGCUGUGAACAUUCUCUUGGAAGUUAUUCUCAAAAAUCUAAAAUGCUUGGAAUCGAAAACUUUCCGGAAUAUGAAGUGUCUGGCGUUCGUAAGGCAUCUUUCUACCCCUACGAAUCGAAUGGAGGGAGUGUUGUGGCUAUAGCCGGUGACGACUUUGCCGUGAUUGGGGCCGAUACUCGUCUCAGUUCGGGCUAUUCCAUUCAUACGCGCACGCAGAAUAAACUGUUUCGUUUAUCGAACAGUAUAGUUCUCGCGUCGACCGGCUGCUGGUGCGAUACCCUCGCCCUUACCAGUCUGGUUAAAGCGCGUAUGCAGAUGUAUAAGGAUCAGCAUCAGAAGGAGAUGUCGACACCAGCCGUGGCACAAUUGUUGUCGAUCCUGAUGUACAACAGACGAUUCUUCCCUUAUUAUGUUUCCAACGUGCUCGCCGGAUUAGAUUUGAACGGAAAGGGUGUCGUGUACAGUUACGAUCCGAUUGGACACUGUGAGAUGACCACCUACCGUGCCGGUGGUUCAGCUGGACCGCUGCUGCAACCAGUGUUGGAUAAUCAAAUCGGGCUUAAAAAUAUGCUCAACACAACGGCUGAACCGGUACAACUGGAAAAAGCUGUGUCAGUCAUCAAGGACACGUUCAUUUCCGCUACGGAGCGAGACAUAUACACCGGAGACUCGGUCAUCAUCAACAUUUUAACUAAGGAUGGAAUCAAAGAGGAAACUCUACAACUACGUAAAGAUUAGUUUUUUGGGUAUUCUCUCACUUAUGUUCUUUGAUCAAUAAAUAUUGGCGAAACGCUAAGCUUUGGGAGAA